CUCGCCCUUCGUGCGCCAUGCUGGCCUUGUGGGCAGUCAACCUCGCGCGCAGCGCAGGGGCUGUGGCCCCCGCCUGGCUGUGGGGCUCGCAUGGCCGUCCCCUGGCCCUGGCGCGCGCGGCAGGGGCGCCCGGAACGUGGGGCUGGCGGCACCCCGUCCCGCAGGAGCCACGCGGGCGCGCGUUCGGCCUGUCGGCCGCGGCCGUAGUGAGCGCGGCGCCCCGCCCCCUGCAGCCCUACCUGCGCCUCAUGCGCCUGGACAAGCCCAUCGGAACCUGGCUGUUGUAUUUGCCAUGUACCUGGAGCAUUGGUUUGGCAGCCGAGCCCGGGUGUUUUCCAGAUUGGUACAUGUUAUCCCUGUUUGGUACUGGAGCUAUUCUGAUGCGUGGAGCAGGCUGUACUAUUAAUGACAUGUGGGACCGUGACUACGAUAAAAAGGUUACAAGAACAGCAAACCGCCCAAUAGCCACCGGAGACAUUUCACCUUUUCAGUCCUUGGUUUUUCUCGGGGGACAGCUGACCUUGGCCCUGGGUGUUCUUCUGUGUCUGAAUUACUACAGUAUAGCUCUGGGAGCAGCAUCAUUACUUCUUGUCAUCACCUACCCCCUGAUGAAGAGAAUCACAUACUGGCCUCAGCUAGCCCUGGGGCUGACAUUCAAUUGGGGUGCGCUACUUGGCUGGUCAGCUGUGAAGGGCUCCUGUGACCCCUCUGUGUGCCUGCCUCUGUACUUUGCUGGGGUCAUGUGGACACUAAUCUAUGAUACUAUUUAUGCUCAUCAGGACAAAAGAGAUGAUGCUCUGAUCGGCCUCAGGUCCACGGCGCUGCUGUUCCAAGAAAACACCAAGUGGUGGCUGAGCGGCUUCAGCACAGCCAUGCUGGCAGCUCUAACCCUGGUGGGCGUGAGCUGUGCCCAGACCCCGCCCUACUAUGCAGCCCUUCUCACCAUCACUGCCCACUUGGCGCACCAGAUCUGCACUCUGGACAUCCACAGCCCUGCGGACUGCUGGAAUAAAUUCACCUCCAACCGAACAGUAGGAAUAAUCCUCUUUCUAGGAAUCGUCUUCGGAAAUUUGUGGAAAGAAAAGAAGACAGAUGGAGCAAAGAAAAACAAAGAUAGCAUAAACAUUUAGAAAAUAAUGUUUAGGAAUUCUGAAAACAAAUUUUUACAAAACACUUAGGUAUUGUAACCACAUGCUGAAUUUUAAAUAAGCUGUGUGUUACAAUAUUUUAUAGAAAUAAGGGCCAGAAGAUGAAGACUUAAAGUAAAUUGCCUGGAUUUUAAUUGAGCAGUUUGUUAGCAAAAUUCUUCUCCUGUCACGAAACCUGGAAUUCUUCAGGAUUUGCGGUGACCUUUAGGAUUCUUUACACAUUACAUUGCUCACAUGAAGUUAUGGGAAGCAUAUGCAUUUUGGCACUUUAGAAACCCCCCUGAAAAUCCCAGUGUGUUAGUGGAGGGAUUAGUGAAAACAUAUACAUUGAAACUCAAGGUUUUGUAAACUCAAUAGACACUAAUCAUAAAAGGAAAAAAUAUUUUAAUGAAAACAAAAAUACAUAUGCUCAUCUAAAUGGGUAUCUCUUAAGAUACGGACUCUUUUUUAGGAAAAAAAAGCCCCUGUGGAAAGUUGGAGCAUGUUAUUCCUAAUUGUGCUCUAUACUCACUGCCUAAGCUGUAUUUCAGCAAGUCAUUCUGAUUUUUAUGUUUUAGGAGAGUUUAAAUAAACAUAUACAGAAAUCUUUUUACUUACACCUAUACCUACCACUGUUACCUACCAUGACAUUUGGUCAGUCUGGUUUCUGUGCAGCUCCAGGGAUCAGAAUAAGCAACCAGGGACUAUUUCAAUUUAUUUAUCUAUUUUAUUUUUCAUCUUAGCAAACCAUAAUUUGUAGGACAAUGUCAUGUUGUUGAAGUGCACUGUUUUCACCUUGGCCCUUACAGGGCAUGGUUCAGUGGGGAGUGACUCUCCAGCCCUCAGUGCAGCUGAGCUGCUCCUCCCAGCCCUGCGGGUUCUUCUAAUCAUGCGCCCAGGCACUCACCUGCACAGUCUGAGGUCCUCCUACCGCCACCUCCAGACCUAGCACUUCCAUCAUGCUCUGUCUCAGGGGUUCUGUCUGGCGGACUGGCUCUGCCCAGGCCUGGCAUUUGUUCUUCAUCCCCCCAGUGUCAAUAUUACAUUACCUCACAGCUGUGGGCCUUUUUUUUAAUGUAUUUAGUGGAAAGUCUACAGGGUCUCACUAUGUAGAUCAAACUCAUAGU